GUCACUGUGCGCUGGCUUUGCUGGCCCUGGCAGGGCUCCUGGGUCUGCUGCCCGACCGGAGCUUUGUCCGGCCGAGCUGGGAGGCUCGACCAGCAGACCCGGUAUCCGAAACGCACCGCGCGGAAGGGCGGCGCAGCCUUGCCGCCGCGCUACUUCUGGCACCCCUUGCUGCACAGGCAAAGCCAGGCGUGCCGACGCCGGUAGAGGUAGCCCCGCCCUUGUCCGCAGCGUGGAGCGGGGCCUUACAAGGCAUCGCUCAAAACAUCGCGAAGCAAGUCGUCCUGCAUCCGUUUGACACGGUCAAGACCCGCCUUCAAGCACAGGCCGGCCGGCCAGAAGCAAGUCGUGCGGAGCUCUUCCGUGACGUCUACCGCGGCCUGCUUCCCACCCUUGUGAGCGGCACGCCAGGCAGCGCGGCCUUCUUUGCUGCGAAGGAAGCUGCGUCAGCUCAGUUACGGCAGCAGGCAGCUCCCGACCCACUGCCGACGCUCGGUGGCGUCGUCCUGGGCGUCCUUAGCGCAAAGGCCGUCAAGACGCCCUUCGACGUCGCCGAGACGAAGGCCAUGGCUACAGUGGCAACCGAGGGCGAGGCCUUGGCGUGGGAUGGCUCCUGGGGAAAGCUUCGGGAAGCCUACGACAAGGAGGGCUUCCCUGGCCUCUACAGAGGGUAUGGUGCAAACGUGCUGUACAAGCUCCCGGCUGACCUUGCCAAGUUCCUCGCCUAUGAGGGGCUGAGAGGGUCUGGUGCAGCAGGAUCUAUGCCGCCGGGCGUGGCUGGUGCCAUAGCCACCCUGGCGUCGAACGCCGUCACCACACCCCUGGAUGUAGUGCGAACUCAGGUGAUGGUGGAAGGUGGCGGCAAGAAGUCCUCCCCGAACGCCCUGGAAAAGCUUCAGGAGCUCCUCCAGUCGGGCGACUCCGAGCAGAUCUGGUCAGGCUUCGGCUGGCGCCUGGCCCGUGGUGUAGUUGCGGGAGCGAUCCAGUUCACCGUGCUGGAGGGUACGAAGGAUGCUGUGGAGGGACGGACAAAGGUCUGGCCUGGUUGCGCCGACGACUUCCUGGCUCUGCAGAGGUCGUCCACCGCACUCCGCCGUGCCUCGAGCGCCUUCGCGCGUUUCUCCGCCCUGGCGGUGGUGGUGGAGCCAGGAGCUGUGGUCUGCCUCCUGGCGGGUGCCUCGAAGAUGCGUCCGGCCACCUUCACGGCGCUGAACAUCGGGGGCACCAUCGCCAGGUUGUUGGCCUUGCGCCUCCUUGCGUCCUCCUUGCCCGGGCCGCUCGAGGUCCAGUGCGCAGUGCUCCGUGAAGGACAAAGCUCUGGCUGGGAAAAGGAGGAGCCCAUUUGCUGCAGCCUCGCACCCGAGUCAUCCACGAACAUCCCUCCGGAGGUGAGCCGCAGUAUUUCGUUCGGCAUCCCGCCAGAGAAGUGGAGGGAGACCAUCAGCCUGCGCCAAGAUGGCAAGAAGACGAUGAUGUUUUCCAGGGUGAUUCCUGGUGACGCGCGAACAUACAUAUACGACACCGAGGAUGCUUACUACGCACAGUACAGCAAGGCUCUCUUUGGCAUUACGACGAAGAACAUGGGAUGA